UAGAAAGGGUACUGAUGAGAGGAAAUAGCCAGCAGGCAGGGGAAGCUGAGCCAGCACACAGUGCGAUGGCAGGUUGCUGAUUUACCACAGCAGGCUUCAUCUUUGAAACCUCCUACUAGAGAUGCACUAUGCUAUACGUUAUGACGAGAAGCCGUUUUUCGACUGACGACAGUCAUUGCGUGGUGCAGACAAAAAAGCUAAACAGCCCUUUCUUCUUGUUAUGUAAUAGCAUAAAACACAGCAAGCUGAGGAGACUUUGACUUUGUGCAUUGCAAAUAUGAUGACAACCAGCUAGCACAUUGUAAAUUACGAGGAAGAACAGCUAUGUCUAAAUGAAUGUAUACCUAUUUUAAUCAUAGAAAUAGCAUGUAAAGGGUGCAUUGUGUGCAUUUGCACGAAGCUCGGAUAUGCGCCAAGGAUUAAUUUACCAGUGGCCAAUUUGCGUCGCCUUCUGAAGAGGUUUAUCGCUGCUCUGGUGUGAUACCGUCAGAAUUUUGGCUGAAAGGAGCGUCUCUCACCUCAUUUGUACGGAUAUGCCGGCAGAGUGUCAUCAUCACUAAACAAGGUGGGAUAGUCUACAGGGAAGAAUCAUUUUGGAACCACAUUUUGGCCUGUAUUGAAUUUAUUAAUUAUAUUAAGCAGACGAUAGGCAUAAACAAUGGCGGGCCCGGAGCAGUCUCAGCAGGUAGAGGAGAAAGCUCAGCACAUAGACGACGCUGAGCUCGCUCUUCAAGGUAUCAACAUGCUUCUCAACAACGGAUUCAAGGAGAGCAACGAGCUUUUCAGAAAAUAUAGGACUCACAGUCCACUGAUGAGCUUUGGGGCCAGUUUUGUCAGCUUCCUGAAUGCCAUGAUGACCUUUGAGGAGGAGAAGAUGCAGACGGCGUGUGAUGACCUGAGGACCACGGAGAAGCUGUGUGAGAGUGACAACGCUGGCGUCAUAGAGACAAUCAGGAACAAAAUCAAGAAGAGCUUGGAGUCCCAGAGGUCAGGGGUCGUGGUUGUGGACCGCCUGCAGCGACAGAUCAUUGUGGCCGACUGCCAGGUCUACCUCGCUGUGCUUUCCUUCGUCAAGCAGGAGCUCUCAUCGUACAUCAAAGGAGGCUGGAUCCUCCGUAAGGCCUGGAAGAUGUACAAUAAGUGCCACAGUGACAUCAGCCAGCUGCAGGAGACCUGUGUGAGGCGCUUUUCCUCCCAUGAGGAGGAUCUGUCCUCAGACCAGGCCAAUCACAACUCCCCAGUGGAGGGCGCUGUGACUGAAGAGGCCCUGGACCGGCUCAAGGGCUCCGUCAGCUUCGGCUACGGCCUCUUUCACCUCUGCAUCUCUAUGGUACCACCACACCUACUCAAGAUCAUCAACCUGCUGGGUUUCCCUGGUGACCGUCUCCAGGGUUUGUCCUCCCUCAUGUAUGCCAGUGAGAGUAAGGACAUGAAGGCCCCACUAGCUACGUUGGCCCUCCUGUGGUAUCACACAGUAGUGCUGCCCUUUUUUGCACUGGAUGGUUCUGACACUCAGGCAGGCCUGGAGGAAGCCAAGGCCAUUUUGCAGAGGAAGGCUGUGGUCUACCCCAAUUCCUCCCUCUUCAUGUUCUUUAAAGGACGUGUUCAGAGGUUAGAGUGCCAAAUUAACAGUGCACUGGUGUCCUUCCAUGAUGCACUAGAGCUGGCAUCAGACCAAAGAGAGAUCCAGCACGUGUGUCUCUAUGAAAUCGGCUGGUGCAGUAUGAUAGAGAUGAACUUUGAGGAUGCAUUCAGGUCAUUUGAGAGGCUGAAGAAUGAGUCCCGGUGGUCACAGUGUUACUAUGCCUACCUGACUGGAGUAUGUCAGGGAGCUGCAGGGGACUUGGAUGGUGCCAAGUGUGUCUUCAAAGAUGUCCAGAAACUGUUCAAGAGGAAGAACAACCAGAUUGAGCAGUUUGCCCUCAAGCGGGCGGAGAGACUGAGGAAGAUGUCUCCCACCAGAGAGCUGUGCAUUCUGGGAGUCAUAGAGGUGCUGUACCUGUGGAAGGCUCUGCCCAACUGCUCCUCCUCCAAACUGCAGCUCAUGAAUCAGGUGUUACAGAGUGUGGAUGACGCAUCGUGCAGGGGUCUGAAAAACCUCCUUCUUGGUUCCAUUCACAAAUGCCAUGGAAAUAAUAAAGAUGCUAUCCAGUCGUUCCAGCUGGCAGCCAGAGAUGAGUUUGGUCGACAGACCAACUCUUAUGUGCAGCCAUACUCCUGCUAUGAGCUUGGAUGUGUCCUGCUUGCCAAGCCAGAGACAGUUGGAAAAGGGAGAGCUUUUCUGCUUCAGUCAAAGGAGGAUUAUGCAGGCUAUGACUUUGAGAACAGACUUCACGUGCGCAUCCACUCAGCCAUGGCCUCGCUGAAGGAAGUGGUACCUCAAAGACCCGCUGACCACUGAUGUAAUGAUAACUCAGCCUCCAGCUGUGCAUUUGAUACGGGAAGCAUGGCUUUUACUAUACAUUGAAAGCCAUUCAAAACCACAGUAUGACAGUCUCAUCAGACACAUUUUUAUUUUCUUAUACACACAUUCAAAUACAAUAAACCAACAAUUUCAUAGUCAAAACCAACAAUUUCAUAGUCAAUACCAAUCUAGUGUAUUUGGGGGGUUUUAGUCUUGCAACCCCUCCUUCCAUUCUGUGAACCGUAGGAUACAAGUCACUUCUUGAAGAGGCACACCUUAUUCCCAUUUCAGGUUUUCUUGACCAUAAGUAGUAAUAGUACAGUUAAGAGUAGGAAACUUUGUCUUUUUGUUCUUGUCAUAUUCUUGGGAAGACAUGUACAAGAGUUGUUAGUUUGAGUAUAACCCAUAAUCAAGUGGUCAAAUUGUAUGUUUGCCUCAUGUGACAAGGCAAGACAAAGGUUUUUACAAAGGUUCUAGAAUGCAUUAGUUGUUGCUGCUGUAGUACCCUCUCAUUGACCAAUAUCCAUACAGUUAUCUUCUCUCCUCUGGUUUCUCAGAAAUGUGUCUUUUAUUAAAUAGCCAAAUUUUGCUUGUCAUGUAGCCAACAAACAUUUUCAUCAAUAGAUCAUUUUUCUGCAAUGAGAAAGUGUUAUAGUGAAGUCAAAGUGACAACAACCCUAAAAAUUAUUGAACAAGAACUUAGUGGCCUGCUACCUUGUGGUAUUGUAUCACACAGCGUGCCAUAGAACGCAUACCAUUAAGCAGUAAAAACGUUUAAUUUUGGAGUCCGGUACCUUGAAUCCUGAAUAGUAUGAAAUUGCUGUUACAUUUUUCUGACAUUCACAUUAUAGCUUACAAGUAAUAUGCACAGCCAAAUGUAUUGUGACAUUUUAGCACAAUUUUUGUCCAAACAAUGUUAUAGAUGAACAUGAUUUAUUUUAGUUUCUAAGCAGUGGGCAUUGAUCUGCACACUAUGCAUACAAUUGCAGGGGUAUUAGUAACCCAGGGAUCUGAAAGCUUAUUUUCUACAGCUGUGUACUAUAAAUGAGAAUGUUUGUUUUUUUCCUGAGAUUCUUUGGAUGACAACAGCCUUAUCAGGACACAGAACACAUUUAUAUUCAUAUUUACUCUGGUUUUUAACAAAAUGCAACAAGGUCCUAUUAACUACAGGCAUUGUAAUAACCACGAUAGGAUUUAAGUUAUUCAAACUGGACAUUCAAGUUUGAUAUUCUGUCAUUUUAGUGUGAUCAGGCUUUUCUAUCAUCAGGCCACACUGAUAACGAGUGAACCAUUCAAGACAGUCUAAAACUAAAUUGAAAGUGCAGGGUAUUGUAUCACUCUUUUUAUAAUCACUCUGAGGUGCAAUAAAUGGCAAAGCAAUAAAAAGCAAAAAAAGUCUGCUCAUUUUACACUGGAAGUUUGAUUAGCUAUUUCAAGUCCCACUUUACAAAAAAAACAAAUUAUAAAGGCUUAGCACAAGCACUACACAGCACAAAUAAUUUAUUAGCAAAUUCAUAGUUCAUGAAGUGUGAUAAACAGUCUUUACUUCAUACUACAUGAGAGGUGAUAUAAACAAUCUUUACUUCAUACUACAUGAAGCGUGAUAUAAAUAAUCUUUACUUCAUACUACAUGAAGGGUGAUAUUAUCAGUCUUUAAUUCAUACUACAUGAAGGGUGAUAUAAACUCUUUAAUUCAUACUACAUGAAGGGUGAUAUAAAUUCUUUAAUUCAUACUAUACUGAACAAAAAUAUAAACACAAUAUGUAAAGUGUUGGUCCAAUUUUUCAUGAGCUGAAAUAAAAGAUCCCAGAAAUGUUCCAUAUGCACAAAAAGCUUAUUUCUCUCAAAUGUUGUGAACAAAUUUGUUUACAUCCCUGUUGGUGAGCAUUUCCCCUUUGCCAAGAUAAACCAUCCAUCCACCUGACAGGUGUGGCAUAUCAAGAAGCUGAUUAAACAGCAUGAUCAUUACACAGGUGAACCUUGUGCUG